UGCCAUGCCCACAAAGUGCACAAUACAGUUUUAUCAUCUAGAAAUACAUACAUUUCUAUGCAUUUUAGGAGUUUUGGGGAUGCCCCUUUUUUUUCGCCCGUAAGGCUUUGGGCGCGAGGGGGGUGGGCGUCCCUUGUUUCUAUUUCUGAAAAGUGGCAACCCUAGUCCUGAUCCUCGCGAGACUCCGUAGACGCAUGACGUAAUCAUCGAAGGCUAAGCUAACAAACGGCUCUUCAAGAAGAAUUCAGCUGAUUUUUCCCCCCUAACUUCUCACGAUCUCUUGAUUUACCUUUUUCGUCUCCGCCGCACAUCGAGGAAACGCCAUGGCAACACCCAACCAACGCAGUGAUCUCCCAGCGAAACAUCUAUAUGUCAGCCAAGCCCAUUAUCCUGAGCACCAGGAGUCUGCAGGCAUCAAGGAGGAGGAGGAAGAGUCGCCAUCCAUCAAGCAAGAGGAAGAUAACUUACACAUUAAAGGUUUCAGAAAAUAUCUUUGUGCUGAGCAGCAGGAGCCACAAUCUCCUGGCAUUAAAGAGGAUAUUAAUGAGCUCCACCAAAUCAAAGAGGAGGAGCUAGAGCCCUGUCAACAGAAGCAACUUCCAAUCAAAAAGGAAGAGGAAGAGCUGCCAUAUGUUAAAGAGGAGGAGGAGGAAGAGGAAGAGCAUAUCAACAGGUCGACUGUUCAGCCCUUGAAGAGUGAAGAUGGUCCGAGUGAGGCCGACAGAGAGGCGGAGCUUCCAAGAGGCAGCAGCAGCUCAACAGAAGGAUUGCAAGCAGACAUUUUCAUUGCUCCGUCAGACAAAAAUGGCACCACGUCACACUCGCCUUACAAUGAUGAUGGUCAUCACUCUCACCGUGACGACAAACUCUGCAAGUGCUCUCAGUGUGGGAAAACCUUUGCUAAUAAGUAUACUUAUCGUACGCACAUGAGGAAGCACACUGGCGAAAAACCUUUUUCCUGCUCAUUUUGUGAUCGAAGAUUCGAUUGUAAGGGAUACUUAAAAGAACACACAAGAAUCCACACUGGUGAAAAACCUUUUUCCUGCUCAGUUUGUGGUCAAACAUUCACUCGAAAGCGACAAUUGAAACUACACACAAGAACCCACACUGGCGAAAAACCUUUUCUCUGCUCAGUUUGUGGUCAAGGAUUCGCACAAAAGCGAUACUUGAAAAUACACACAAUAACCCACACUGGCAAAAACCCUUUUUCCUGCUCUGUUUGUGGUCAAACAUUCCCUCUAAAAUAUAACUUAAGAAUUCACACAAGAACCCACACUGGCGAAAAACCUUUUUCCUGCUCAGUUUGUGGUCAAAGAUUCACUUUAAAGCAAAGCUUUAAAAGACACACAAGAACCCACACUGGCGAAAAACCUUUUUCCUGCUCAGUUUGUGGUCAAAGAUUCACUUUAAAGCAAAGCUGUAAAAGACACACAAGAACCCACACUGGCGAAAAACCUUAUUCCUGCUCAUUUGUGGUCAAAGAUUCACUGAAAUGCAACCAUUAAAUGCACACACAAGAAUCCACACUGGCGAAAAAAACUUAUUCCUACUCAGUUUGUGGUCAAAGAUUCAGGCAAAAAAGCACCUUAAAACAACACACAAGAAUCCACACUGACGAAAAACCUUUUUCCUGCUCAGUUUGUGGUCGAGGAUUCAUUCGGAAGGAUCGGAUGAAGACACGUGUGUUUUGAUGUGAGAAGCCGUGACCAAUGACUGUUUUGCCUGUCUUCCAUGCUGGCUUCAUCAGAUGUUUUGCACGUAGGACGAUUGUAUUCCGGAGAGCUUCCUGAAAUCCUGUUUAGGAUUGGCACUUUUGGUGCCUUGUUUUGUCUAAUCGGUGUAUGAUGUACACCCACCCAAUUGCCUAAACCUCUGCUGAUUGAACGCUCUGAAGUUUGUCAGGUUUGUGUGCCAUCUUUGUUGUUUUCUUUUCAGUCCAGCACAUGAUUCAGCUGGUUGGGCGGGGCUGUGCAACACACCUGUGGCGCAUGUGGAGCGCUCAUUAUUUAAAGACUCCUGUCACCAUAUACGAGUGUCGGAAUAUUUCUUAGUUUGUUUUACUUGUUUACUUUGGUUUUUGCCUUCUCUGGCCAUCGACGCCUUUCCCUUGGUUUUCUCGCCGACUCGUUUCGUGCCUCUUUUUGUAUUUUUUCUCGCGUGUUCUGGCGUGCUCUCGGUUGUUUUUUUUUUUUAAUUUAUUUAUCUUUUUUUAAAUAAAUUCGAUACAAACUUCCUCAUCUGUGUUGGAUUCAUAUUAUACUGCCGUCAUUUCAUUACAAAGUUAAGUUGCAUUAUUUAUAUAAUACUCACCCUUUCAAUCUACACUUU